AUGGGAUGGAAAGCUGACAAAUUGCAAGUGAAAACUCUGAAGCAUUAUUUCCAAUUUAUUCAUUCAAGAAUUGUUACUGAAGAUGGAAAGACUUGGAAUCUCUCAAUUGUCUAUGCUAGCCCCGUGGAAGAGAGGAAGAAGGAUAUGUGGAAAGAGCUAACAAACAUUGCAAAAAAUAUGAACAAUGGGUGGUUGGUUGGAGGUGACUUCAAUGAUAUCUUGUAUAUGGUCAAGAAAAGAGUUGGUACUUUGUCAUUUCUUAGAAGGUGUACCCUCUUCCAAAACAAGAUUAAUGAUAGUGAUAUCAUUGACAUGGGAAGUUCAGGUUAUAAAUUCACUUGGAGAGGCCUCAUGGUUCAUGGUGACAUGAGAAUCUAUGAAAAAUUAGAUAGUGUCUUCUGUAAUGUUAACUAG